AUGUCAAAUUUCACAGACAGGACGGACAAGUACCCGAACCUGAGUCGUCCGUUCAGAUCAAUGAGGCCGGAAUAUGAUGUCGUGGUAAUAGGAUCUGGCUAUGGUGCUGGAGUAGCGGCAAGUCGAAUGGCCCGAGCAGGGAAGAGCGUCGCAGUGCUAGAGCUUGGCUGGGAAAGAAGAUCCGGUUCAUUUCCACAAACGUUCUCUCAAUGUCUGAAGAACACGAGCAUCUCGGGGAGUUCUGUAAAGGGCUCCUUCAUUUCAAAGUGGCUGUCGCCUGGAGACCCCACGCGGCUUUUCCAAGUAUUCUUAGGCGAUGGACAGCAUUCGUUUGCUGCUCAUGGACUUGGAGGAUCUUCAUUGAUCAAUGCCGGGGUUUUCCUGAAAGCGGAUAGGAGAACAUUGCAGAUGAGUCCAUGGCCGUCAGAGAUCAGGGACCAGCCAUCUGCGCUCGACGAACACUACGCACGCGCCGAAACAAUGCUACAGCCUUCCACAUACCCGGAUGAUUUAAGCCCAAACAAACUCAAGCAUCUCCAAGAAGAGUUGAGAUGGCUAGGAAAGAGGAAUAAUUUCUAUCGAGUACCGUUGACUAUAUUUUUCCACAAUGGCUGCAACAAUGCAGGUGUCCCUAUGCAGGCAAACAGACAAUCAGGCCAUGAGUGCACUGGUCUCAACGAUGGGUCAAAGAACUCGGUGGCGACAACAUAUCUUGCAGAUGCCUGGAAUUGGGGAGCUGAGAUAUUCUGCGGAUGCGAAGUUCGAUUUGUAGAAAAUAUGGACGGAGGAGGCUACACUAUACACUUUGCUUGGCAUGGAAGUGGGAGGUCGGUGUUUGCGGAUCAUUUCAAGGAACAACUCUUUUGGGUCAAAGCAAAGGAGUUCUGUUUUCUUGGGGCUGGCGCUCUAGGAACUACUGAAGUCUUGCUUCGGUCAAAGCAGCACGGCCUCCAUAUGUCACCGCUUGUUGGAAGGAAUCUCUCUGGAAAUGGGGACUUUUUGAUAUUUGGUUACAACGGAUAUGCUAAUAUCAACGGGAUCGCCGGUGAAUCCUCGCGUGCUCCCCCUGGAACAACAGUCACUGCUGUUAUUGAUAACCGAGUCGUUGAUCCUCUGGACAAUCCUCUUUCUGGAUAUGUUAUCCAAGAUGGUUGCAUUCCUGCGAUGUUCAACCCGGUAAUCCAAAUCAUGCUCACCCUGCAAACUAUGAAGAGCCAGGCGCUGUGUUGUCUUUGGAACCCUCGCCAAGAAGCUAAGAAGACCCUUGCCUCUCUCAAGUCUCUGCUAUUCGGUCCGUAUGCAUACAAUGGAGCUCUUCAGCGGACUUCAACUUAUCUGGUGAUGUCUCAUGACAGCAACGAGAUAACUUUGAUCUUGAAGGAUGAUCGAUUGUACCUCCGGGGACCGGGAGAAGGGCGAUCUGAGCAUUUCAAAUGGAUAAAGAACCUUUUCAAUGAGAGUUUUGCUCGCACAGGCUCAAGGAUGGGGUUUUCCUAUUUUUACGGUCGUCACCAGGAGGAAACCACAGUCCAUCUCCUUGGAGGAGCCAACAUGAGCAACGAUGGAACAGGGCAUGGGGGUGUGACAAAUCAUCUAGGAGAGGUUUUCAGUGGCUCUAAUGGUGAAGUAUACAAAGGCCUCGUGUGCUGUGAUGCAUCUAUCAUCCCGACAGCCCUGGGCGUGAACCCACUCGGCACAAUAUCAGCCCUCUCCGAGCGAUCCGUCAGUUUGAUUACCGAGAGAUCUGGAUUAUCAAUUGAUAUUGAGACUGAAAAUCAGACUUUAAACGCCUACUGCAAGCCUAGUAUAUCGUGCGAUUUCCAAGACCAUCAAGACAGUACCGAGAAAACAUCGCAGUCGAUAGGAUGGAAAUUCACAGAGACUAUGCAUGGGCACAUCAGCAUGCGGUCGGAUAACGGAAGUUUUGCGCUUUCUGAGAGGGUAGGAAAAGGCUCAUCUUGCGCGAUGCGGAUGUUUCUUACGAUCGAAAUCUGCCGAGAUUCACAAUACCAAGGAAUAUGCACCGGGACGAUUUCUUGUUACGCAUUAUCUAGAGCCACGCUCAAGAUUGUCGAAGGAACGGUAGACUUUUUCACGCCAAUAGAGGAGAAUGCCGAAUCAUCAGCUAUAUCAUAUCACCUGAAGCUGCUAUCGGUAGAGGGCAUAGAGUACCGCCUGAAAGGCCACAAGCUGAUCAACACAAACAUAGCCUUUUCCGCCAGAAAGACCUGGGAAGCGACAACUACGGUGAAUGUCAAUAUCACUCGACUGGACGGGACAACUAUUGGAGCAGGGGCCCUUCAUAUCUCAUUGCUAGACUUCCAAAAGCAGAUGCGGACAUUUCGGACGACAAAAGACUUCCAGAUCAGUCUUAUCUUGGCCUUGGUGUGGUUUUUGGUUUCUUUUAUUUACCACAUCAGUUUGUUCUUCGUUCGCCCUUUCGUCCGCAUGCGCUUCCCUCAGAUCUCAACUAAAGGCACCGAUGUAAAACAACCACCUUCUACCUCGUGCAAUGUCACCGCAAGCGAUGGCGUACAGAUACAUCUUGAUAUAUAUGACCCACUCCCCGCACAAAAGACAGACGAGCCAGGACCUAACUGCAAUCUUGCACCAGUCCUACUUCUACCCGGAGUCACUGGGAUCGGCGCGAUGCACAAUUUGUAUUCACUGCCAUUUUUGCGCUGCAACAUGGUUGAGUAUCUCACACAGCGUGGACACCGAUGCUACGCACUCACCCCUCGCUGGGGCUGUGAUCCCGCGGUUGCGCAGAAAAGCACAGUCUUCGACUGCCGUCUUGACGUUGCUGCUGCAAUAGCAUAUAUUCGCGACAAAGAGCGACAGAAGCCCUAUGUGGUAGCCCAUUGCCAAGGCUCGGUGGCUCUCUGCAUGGGCCUGCUGGAUGGAACCAUCCAAAGUAGCCAACUUCUCGGCGUUACUGCCAACUCAGUCUUCAUGAAUCAGGUCUUUGGGUACUGGAACUCCCUCAAGGGGAGAACGACUCUGCUGAUCCAGUUCUACGAAUUACUGGCUGGGAAUUACUUCCCGAUUGUCAGCAGUGCUAAGAGUGUUCUUCUCCAACGAUUACUCGAUACGCUCCUUCGUCUCUAUCCUGUUGGACACACGCGGGACAUCUGCACAUCUACAGCGUGUCACCGGACAUCUUUUGCUUUUGGGCUACUAUGGAAUCACGAGAACCUUGAUAUGAGUCUGCAUGACAAUGUUCACCAAUUUUUCGCGGGGACACAUACGAAGCUUAUGAAACACGUGGUUCGCAUGGGAACUCGGGGGAUUUGCAUGGAUAAUGAUUCAUGUCCUCUUCUGACAGAUGAGAAUUUGCAGCGACUGCAAGGGUUGCCGAUUCUCUUUGUCUCGGGUACGGAGAACCAAGUUUUCAGUCCUGAGUCUACGCUCAAGGACUACGAGUUGCUGCGACGUCGAUUCGGCGAGAGACUGUAUCGCAGGUUCCUAGUCGAGGGGUAUGGGCAUCUUGAUCCUAUUGUAGGAAAGGAUGCGGCCGAGGAUGUAUAUUGGAGGAUCUUUGCGCAUUUGAGAUGGUGCACCAAAGAGGCGGAAAGUACGAAUUUGAGAGCCAAGUAA